ACCUACGAUGGCCGCCGCCAGCACUAGCGAUAAUUUGACACACUCUAAAUCAGUGUUUGAUGUACUUCUCAGGCGUAAAAACAUGCCUUUUAAAACAUACUGCACUUUGGUUAUUCUUAUUUUUACCUUCGGACGGUGUUUUGCCGACGAUGACCACGAGAUGGAGGAAUUUUUGAAGCGGGAGUAUUCCCUGUCCAAGCCUUACCAAGGUGUGGGAUCUCUAGGCUCCUCCCACUGGGAACUGAUGGGGGAUGCCAUGGUAACCACUGAACAGGUGCGCCUCACACCUGACAUGCAGAGCAGACAGGGGGCAGUAUGGAGCCGCAUCCCUUGCCAUCUUAAAGACUGGGAGAUGCAAGUGCACUUUAAAAUUCACGGGCAAGGAAAGAAGAAUCUGAAUGGUGACGGCCUGGCUAUUUGGUACACUAAAGAACGCAUGCAGAAAGGUCCUGUUUUUGGAAAUAAGGAUAACUUUACAGGUUUGGGUGUGUUUGUGGAUACAUAUCCUAACGAGGAGAAACACCUAGAGGCACAGAAGAAGAGAUACACUCCUCGCACACAGAGGAUUUUCCCCUUCGUUCUGGCCAUGGUGGGGAACGGCACCAUCAGCUAUGACCACGAGCGGGACGGUCGCCCUACAGAGCUGGGUGGCUGCAAUGCCAUGGUGCGCAAUCUCAAACAUGACACCUUCCUGUUCAUCCGAUACGUCCGCCGUAGGCUCACGGUGAUGAUAGACAUUGAUGGUCAGCAUGAGUGGAGGGACUGCCUGGAUAUCCCCGGAGUCCGACUGCCUCAGGGUUACUACUUUGGAGCUUCAGCCAUCACUGGAGAUCUCUCAGAUAAUCAUGAUAUAAUCUCCUUGAAACUAUACCAACUGACAGUGCUGCGGAGUCCAAAAGAGGAAGAAGAGGAGGAAGAGGAAAUAACUAUACCUAGUGUAGACAACAUGGAACUACUCAGAUUGGGUCAGACGGAAGAAGGGAUGAGUGGCAUCGCUAUUUUCUUAACUGUGCUCUUCUCUAUGCUGGGCUGCAUCUUCCUCAUAGUCAUUGGUCUGGUGGUCUACAGCCACUGGAAUGAGAGCCGACGCAAGCGCUUUUACUGAUGAGGGAAGAAACAUAAAAUGACCUGUGAUUAGUUGCGCAGUCUGUGGACACAGAAGUGAGAUGCAGCUGUUGGCCUCGAUAACACAAAGACCCUGACACAGAGGAGAUGAAUUGGGUUGCAUCACCUGCUACAAAAAGCCAUUCUCCGACUUUACCAUUGGUUGUCAUGAAGUAGUAGGAACACUUUGUUGCCCGUGGCCCCUGCCUGACUAGCGCCGAAUCAGCCUUACCAUUUCCACCUGUUACUGGACUUCUUCUGAGCAGCUCCAUUUGAUUGUUAGUGAUCGCUGUAUUUGAUAAAUAUGGCGUCAUCUUCAGCUAUAUCUAAGAUUUGUUCCUCUAAUUUUCAGUUCACCGAGUAUGUUCAUAUUUAAUGUAUCUCUCUGGGUUUGAGCUAGCUACAGAAUAACCUCACAUGCAAACCAAAUCUAGGUGAAAGAUGCAUCUGAUAUUCUUUGCAUAGAAUAAACAUCUUGUACUCAAUCAUUUGGACUGUGUAUAUACAUGAGAGUGAAUAUCCUGUGGUUGCUGUAGUUUGCAUGUUAAGGGUUUUUUUAUGAAUAAUGGCUACCACUGUUCUUUACGUGAUGCUUUACCUUUUGCAUUUACACUAGGGCUGGGCGAUAUCACCAAAAAAGCUGUUGUGAUUACACACCUGUUCAGGCAUUUAAAGCUGAAGAAAACCAAUUAUUUGUAGUUUUAAAUUAUUCAGGAAAGACGCAACGUAAAACUGUGAAGCAUUAUAUCAAGACCAAAAGACACCUGUAGCUUCUGAUUGCAUAAUUUAGUGUUGAUUUUCUGGUUUUUGGGUUUUUAGACUAGUUGUGGUUUCUAAGCUCUUAUUUAUGGGCAGAAAAUUUCAGGAAUGUAUCGGUAAAACGUUCAAAAUAUAACAGAAAUAAUUAUAAUGGUAAAACGAAUUUGCUCAAGAUCAAAAAUAAAACAUUUAGUGUUUUCAAGUGUUUUAGCUAAGAAUGUGAACAAAAUAACUGUAACAAUGUUGACGUUGUCCAGCUCUAGUUUACACAUUUUAUCAACGCAUGUGCUGAUGACUUAUUUGGUUUGUUGAAGGGAAAUACUUAACUAUAGGGAGAUUAAAUUUUUGCAGGCUUUAAGAGUAUGUUGUAUGUGUGAUUUUAUCAUUGUGUUUGAGAGAAUGAGUCUGAUUUCUUGCACAGUUUAAAAUCUAUGAAAUAAUUAAGGUAUUUUUAAAACUUGAGAGGUUGAGAAAAAUAUUUACAGUUAAGGGUGGAUUGAGGAUGUCAAUGAACUUAAAUGACUAUUUAUGUGUUAAUUUAUCAGUUUAUGACAUUUUUUUCCAGUUCCAUUCUGCUGAGCAAAAUGACCUUUAAUUUCUGUUUAUGUCAACAAACACCUCUUGUUCUUGUGUUGAAUGUGUCAUACCCCUUCUGUGUUUGCAGUGAAUGGAGCAGUCUGGCCUCAGGCAUCCUCCUCCUCCUCCUCCUCCUCCUCCUCCUCCUCCUUCUCCUCGCCAGCUGUUUUUGACAUGUUUUGUUCUGGAAAUUUUUCUAAGCUUCUUAAAUUUUUCAUGCAUCUUUCACAUUUUGUUUCUCACGUGCAACAUGUGAGAACUUCAUAAUUUUUUUGUACUGUAGGCACUUUGACAACACUCUACCUUGUUUUUAUUCUGUCCACUGUGUGCCUCAUGUUUCUACUCAUUGACCUGCAUGUUCUGACGUUUUUUUUAUCCAAUAUAUAUUGAACUGCCUCAUUAAAGACCAAACUGAUAU